AUGCCUGGAGGAUACCAAAUGAUUGCAAUGGAAUACAUCGAGGUCUUUGCAGACCUCCGACCACCAAACAUCCUGGUUGUCACCCGGGAUGGCAAGCAUCGAGCAAUGCUCAUUGAUUUUGAUUGGUGCGGCAAAGAUGGCAUAGACACUUAUCCAAGCUCAAUGAACAUGGAUCAGAUUACUUGGCCUGAAAGAGUGAUACCUGGCACUGUCCUCAAGAAGGAAGAUGACAAGUUUAUGCUUGAUAAAUUGAAGUAUUCUCUUAACCUGUAA